AUGUCUUCUCACUGCAGAACCAAAGUGGCCAUUCUCAAGGGUCUUCGACCUAUGCUCUCAACACAGGCCCAGGUCACCGCCACACAGAAACUUCUCUCAUGUGCCUGUACACAGGAUUGCAUAUACUGUGAUAUCUGGAAGCUCGCAACUUUGAUCGCAUCACACACUGGUCUUGCCACACGAUACAAUUUGUCCACAGGCACUCCUUUGAACAGCCCACAUUCAUCACGACCAUCAUCUCCAGUGGCAUCCAGUCCAGUCUCUGUCGACUCAUCAACACCUUACGCCUACAUCAUCUCCGCCAGCAAGAAAAUCGAAGCACAAUUCCAAACUCAACGAUCAAGACUUUCAUCCAUUCUAAGCAUCUGCACUGUGAGUGGAGCUGAUGAGACUGAGGGUCUUCGCAUGGCUCAUGACCGAUGCUCCGCCGCCAUCGAGGAUCUCCUUGACCAAGAAGAAGAACUCGAAGAAGAGCUCCUGAAGGAUAUCCAGGAGAUGCAAUAUGUGCAUGAGUACGAGACAGGCUAUGGUUCUCAGUACGGCUCCUUCAACUAUCGGGAAGAAAGGCGACCUAGCAUGGUGCAUGUGGCCAUCUAA